GGUGCCAGAGGAGGCCCAGCUGGUUGCAGGUUGGCAGCCAAGGUUUUAGUUUGGAGCCCGACCGGGACUCGAGUAGGUCAACUGCAGUGGGGACCGGUUGCCUGCAAGUCAUUGAUGGGUACUGCUCGCUAGCGAGGACUUAAGAGCAAUUUUGGAGCUCUAGGAUCCAUUAAGAAGGCAAGGGGUACGAAUGAGCGAACGCCGGGACACCGAAAGGCUCCUGGCCUAGAGACCGUGCUGUGUCGUCUCUCUUCGAUAUCAAGGCUUAGCCUUUAGAUUUAUAAUUUUCUUUUUCUCGGCAUCAGAUUUUCAAGAUUUCCCGUCUUGACUGUGCCUCACAACACUGGCUCUCACGGGCCUGGACUAGGCGUGAAAGCUGGUGAAUAGGUUCUUAAUUUGGUGACGAAUAUUCCAGUGUUGUUGCGAACGACCGCCAGGGCGCGAGUUGAGCUGCCAACAAUACAAGAUGGGGUUCUUACACCAGCUCCGGCUACUGCUCUGGAAGAACUUCACCCUCAAGAAACGCAGCCCCUGGGUUGCUGCGUUUGAGCUGUUCAUCCCCCUGGUGCUGUUCUUCAUCCUCAUGGCCAUCCGACAGAAGAAGCCGGCGCGGCCGCAUGGAGAAAGUUACUUUGCUGCCCAGCCCCUCCCCUCCUCCGGAGUCCUGCCAGUGAUGCAGGCUCUCUGUCCCGGGGGGCACAGGGACAGCUACGGCUUCCCCAGAUACGACAAGUCCACAGCAUACCAGUUCCUGGAGCGUCUGAGUAACUCUGUCCAGCAGAAUGCCCUGUUUGAUGAGGACAGUGACGUCCGGCAGAAGUUCUACGAGAUUCUGCACAACUAUGAGUCUCUGGUCAACGACCCCAACUCACUCGAGCAGCGCUUUGCUCAGGCAAAAGACUUCAGUUUGGGCUCGGUGCUGACUGACAAGUCAGAAUUCCAGAAGGUGCUGAUGAACAACCUGUCGCUAUCCCAGGAUGCAGCAGACUACAUCAUCAACACACCCAUACACAUACAACAGCUGUAUGCACUACUCUUCGGCAGCCCGACCCGAAACCUCCACAACGCGACCGACCAGGUCCUGAAGCCCAAGCACAUCUGGAGCAUCUUACAGGGGAAGCUCAACAGUCUUAAAGACGGGCUGGUGUACCAGACGCUGACCAACCCUCAGAAGCUGUCCACGAAGGAGGGACUGCUGGCGCUGCUCGGGCAGAGUCUGGGGCUGGGGACGUUAGGGGAGAAGGCAGAGGAGAAAGUGCUACAGCCCCCACAGCAGAUGGUCAAAAGUCUCGAGUCUGUGCUGCUGACCCCUGACCACCUGCAGUAUCUGGUGUGUAACAGUUCAGCAGGGCAGAUCAUCACACAGCAACAGGGACAGGAGGGAAGUAUGGCUGAAGUUCACCAGGCCCUGUGUAACACUACCCACACCAAAGCUAAGUUCACAGCCCUGGCAGAAGGACUGAAGGCCCAGCUGAACCAGAAAGCUGUCGUGGACCAGCUUGGUCUGGACCAAAUGGACAUAGUGGAAAACCAGGAGAAGAUGGAAAGUCUCAUGGAGGCUCUGGAAGAGUUCGCCAUCUUCCAGUCGGGACUCCACGACCUGAGCGACAUUGCCUCCGUCUUCCCAUCAUACACCUGUUCUGGGAUCACGGGGGAAGAGGGGGAGGCUCCGACGGACCCGGCUUCGCAGGCCGUCACAGCCGGUUCUGUAGGUCCUGAUGCUGAUUGUAACCCCCCUGAUACAGGCCCAACCCAAGAACCUUAUGGCAACCGUUCCAGUGAAUGUACAGAUGGUAACAGUACAGUGACAGAGCCUGACAGUCCAACAUCGCAGGUCCACCAUGUUCACAACAAACUGUCCGGUUUCAUCCGGAUCUGGACGUCACUGCAGCCGACCAUCUGUGGGGUCAACAAGACCAUGACAGAGGAAGCCUUGGAAGCUGGUGACCUGCGGUCCAUGGGGUACAACAAGAAGGAGAGGAGAGACCUGGGACUUCUUCUCCAUCUUCUCACCAGCAAUCCCAAGAUCCUCUACUCCCCCAACGGAACCUGGGCCGACAGCAUGACCUUCCCAAAUGGAACCGAGAUUGACAAGGUCAUAAAAAAGGUGGCAGAACCGUUCACCUUCAUCAGUAACGUGACCUUCAUCGCCGACCAAUGGCUGAACAGGUCUCGUGAGCUGCGGCACUUUAUCCAGGAGAACUCCACACAACAGGACAUCCAGUGGCUGAGACAGUUGAAGGAUGCGUACGCAGCCAACCCCCAGCUACUGAACAUGACCACCAACCCGGUGAUCCGACGCUUUGUGCAGUCCCCAAACGUCAUCCCCAAUGUUACCACAGUCCUCAAGCAGCUGGAGAACAUCGACAACCUGGCCUGCGGAUGGAUCAAACUGGUGUCCAAUUUCAACCUGAGCAUCUUCAUGCCGUUCCCGAACGAGGAGGCCCUGGUGAACUACACCCUGCACCAGGCACAGAAGGACAACGUCACGGUCUUUGCAAGCGUGGUGUUCAAUGUGACCAACACCACCGGCCAGCUACCGGCUCACAUGGUCUUCAAGAUCCGGCAGAACGCCAGCUUCACCCAGAAGACCACCCAGAUCCGGCGGAAGUACUGGCGCCCAAACCCGAACCACGGGCACGAGCUGUACUACCAGUUUGGCUUCAUCUGGAUACAGGACAUGAUAGAGCGAGCGCUGAUCAACGUGGUGGUGGGGCAUGAUGUUGUGGAACCCGGCAGCUAUGUGCAUGAGUUUCCCUACCCCUGCUUCAUGGCAGACGACUUCCUGUUCAUGAUAGAACACAUGAUGCCGCUCUGCAUGACGAUCUCCUGGGUCUACACCGUUGCUAUGCUGGUACAGAACAUCGUGUAUGAGAAGGAACAACGGCUAAAAGAGGUGAUGAAGAUGAUGGGCUUGAACAAUGCUGUCCACUGGGUUGCCUGGUUCAUCACUAGUUUCCUGCAGAUGUCCCUGACUGGGACCUUCCUCAUGCUCAUCCUGCAAUACAGCCAGAUCCUGACCUACAGUAACCCCUGGAUCACUUUUCUCUUCAUCGAGCUGUACAUUGUGGCAACUAUAUCCUUCAGUUUCUUUGUGAGUGUGCUGUACUCCAAGGCCAAAGUUGCGGCAGCCUGUGGUGGGAUCAUCUACUUCCUGAGUUAUGUGCCAUAUAUGUACGUCGCCAUCCGAGAGGAGGUCGCCAACGACAAAAUCACUGCAGUCGAGAAAAGUAUUGCUUGCCUGAUGUCCACAACAGCCUUUGGCCUGGGUGCCAAGUACUUUGCGCUUUACGAGGAGUCAGGGACGGGCAUUCAGUGGGACAACUUCCUACAGAGUCCUGUAGAGGGGGACGCCUUCAACCUGUGCCGGGUCAUGGUUAUGCUGGUGGUGGACAGCUUUGUGUACUGUCUGCUCACCUGGUACAUCGAGGCUGUACAUCCAGGUUCGUACGGGCUGCCCCGUCCCUGGUACUUCCCCUUCCAGAAGUCCUACUGGUUCGGCCACGGGAGGCAGGAGACUCUGGACUGCCACAUGCCGUGUUCCCGCGGAACCAACUACAGCCUGGCACUGUCAGAGGAGGAUGGGGCAUGCGCCGCAGAGGAUACUGGAGAGGAGCAAGUUUCUUUUGAGGAGGAGCCUACCCACUUGCCCAUGGGUGUCUGUAUCCACAACUUGGUCAAGGUGUACAAGACAGGAAACAAGCUGGCUGUGAACAAGCUGGCGCUGAAUCUGUACGAAGGACAGAUCACCUCCUUCCUGGGGCACAAUGGAGCCGGCAAGACUACAACCAUGUCCAUCCUGACAGGACUGUUCCCGCCUACCGCCGGCUCUGCCACCAUAUAUGGGCAUGACAUCCGCACGGACAUGCUGGAGAUCAGGAAGAGCCUCGGCAUGUGCCCGCAGCACAACGUGCUGUUCGACAAGUUGACUGUGGAGGAACAUGUGUGGUUCUACGCCCGACUGAAAGGCAUGCAGUCAGCUGAUAUUGAGAAAGAUCUACAACAACUGAUUGGAGACGUGGGUCUUCAGCACAAGCGGAAGGACCCAGUGUCCUCCCUGUCUGGCGGGAUGAAGAGGAAACUCUCCGUGGCCAUCGCGUUUGUCGGGGGGUCACGUACCGUAAUCCUGGAUGAGCCCACCGCAGGGGUGGAUCCCUACGCUAGGAGGGCCAUCUGGGACUUCCUCGUCAACUACAAGAGAGGCCGAACCAUCCUGCUGUCCACCCACCACAUGGACGAGGCAGACAUCCUGGGGGACCGCAUCGCCAUCAUCUCCAACGGCCAGCUGCGCGCCUGUGGCACCUCGCUGUUCCUCAAGAGCACCUUCGGGGACGGGUACCGGCUCACCGUGGUGAAGCGGCCGGUGGACAGGGAAGAGCAGGGGUCCGGAGAGCCUGACCUGAACUCCUCCUCCUUAUCCAACGGCUCCAUCAUCACCAGGUGUGUGGAACAAAAGGUCUCCAAGUUCAUCAGACAGCACGUGGCUGGAGCUGUCCUCCUGUCUGACACCAACCGUGAGAUCUCCUACAUGCUCCCGUCCGAGGCCGUCAAGAAGGGCUGCUUCGAGAAGCUGUUCAGCGCCCUUCAGAGCAAGCUGGAUGACCUUGACCUGAGCAGCUUUGGGCUGACGGACACGACCUUGGAGGAGGUGUUCCUCAAGGUCACAGAAGCCACUGGCAAUGACCUUCCAGAGAAAGAAGAGAAGGACUCCAUCCCCCUGCCCACGCCCCCUGAGGUGUCCAGCCCUCCUGUGGUGACCCCGGGUGACCCCUCCAUGGUGGAGCUGGAGAUGCCCGUACGCGGCGGGGUCAGCAGUGGGGUCAGCGCGGGGUCGUACGAUCGGCUGAUGGAGGAUGGGGACAACAUCAGUCAGCAAAGUGAUGAACCAGUGGAAGAUCCCAUCUGCCUGGACCAGGAGGGGGUGGGUAGCUACCGCCUGGAGGGAUGUCAGCUGGCCUUCAGCCAGUUCUGGGGACUCAUGAUCAAACGCUUCAACUUUUCCCGCCGGAACACCAAGGCUCUCUUCUCUCAGAUUGUCCUUCCUGCUCUCUUCAUCUGCGUUGCCAUGACAGUGGCGUUGUCGGUUCCCGACAUCGGAGACUACCCCCCUCUGGUGCUGAGCCCGUCCCAGUACCACAACUACACCAGCCCUAUCGGCAACUUCAUCCCCAUCUCUGAUGAGAAGGAAAUGCAGGAGACCCAGCUCUAUGUGGACGCCACUGCGCAGGAACUCAUGCAAACGGUGCACCUUCCGUCAGGAAUCGGCGCUACAUGCGUCCUUAAGUCGCCUUUCAACGACACGCUAUCCAUGGAGGUCAUCAAGCUCAACCUCACAGAUGGAGCAAAGUUGCCGCUGACGGACAAGUACUUUGACGAGACCUGUCGACAGUCGUUCGUGCACGGGGUCCGUCUGGAUAACUAUGUGCCAAAACCCCCCACGCCGGCCCCGCCCCCCAAGAGCCUUCACCAGAAACAGAACAUCCACUACUCUACAUCAUUUGAUCCCAACCCCAACCACACAGUCCAUGAGAACCUGCCUGUGCCCCAGUGCCAGUGUAUGAAGGACAACACCGGGUUCCUGUGCACCCCUGACCCCUACCCUCCCCACCGCUUCAAGGUCAUCACCGGGGACAUCCUGCUGGAUGUGACGGGACGGAACACGUCCUUGUGGUACCUCAAUACCAACGACCUCUACAGGUUACACAGGUAUGGCGCCCUGUCCUUUGGGAAUGUCCGAGAGUACGUGCCGACUUCCCUCAACAACAUCCACGACUCCGCGCAGAGUUCUUACUCAGGACUCAGGAAACUCGCCGUCAGACAUGUGGCAAAGGCCUGGUACAACCACAAGGGCUACCACAGCAUGCCCACCUACCUCAACACCCUGAACAAUGCCAUCCUCAGGGCAAAUAUCCCCAAGUCUGAACAGGACCUCGGCAACCCUGCAGCCUAUGGUAUCACCGUGAUCAACCACCCGAUGAACGAGACGAGCACGCGGCUGACCUCGGAGUACAUCCUGCAGGGCACCGACGUGGUCAUCGCCAUCUUCAUCAUCGUCGCCAUGUCCUUCGUGCCCGCCAGUUUCGUCGUGUUUCUCGUCUUCGAGAGGUCAAUCAAGGCUAAGCACCUGCAGUUCGUCAGCGGAGUUAACCCUGUCAUCUACUGGGUCUCCAACUACGCCUGGGAUAUGUUGAACUACCUCCUCCCAGCCACCUGCUGUGUGAUCAUCCUCACAAUCUUCGACCUGCCGGCGUACACCUCGAGCACAAACUUCCCUGCUGUGGUGGCACUCUUCCUCAUGUAUGGCUGGUCCAUCACCCCCAUGAUGUACCCAGUGUCGUUCUGGUUCAACGUGCCGAGCCACGCCUACGUGUUCCUCAUCGUCAUCAACUUGUUCAUUGGCAUCACCGCUACCGUGGCAACCUUCAUGUUCCAGCUCUUCCAGUACGACAAGGACCUGCAUGCCAUAAACGAGUACAUGAGGAAGGCGUUUCUGCUGUUCCCUAACUACUGCCUGGGGCGGGGCCUGAUGGACCUGGCUUACAACGAGUACUUCAACGAGUACUACCUCAAGAUUGGUCAGGAGGACAAGGUGAAGUCGCCCUUUGACUGGGAGCUGGUGACCCGCAGUCUCGUUGCCAUGGCAGCAGAAGGCCUGGUGUUCUUCUUCAUCACCAUCCUCUGUGAAUACAAGUUCUUCUUCAAACCAAAGUACAUUGCUGUCUCUGAUGAACCGAUUGAGGAUGAGGACAUCGAUGUGGCCAACGAGCGCCAGCGAAUCCUGAGGGGCGACGCGGACAAAGAUCUCAUGAAGCUGGCCAACCUCACUAAGGUGUACAAGACCAGUAAGAGGAACGGGCAGACUCCAGCUGUGGACAGGCUGUGUGUGGCAGUGCCAUGUGGGGAGUGCUUUGGACUACUGGGAGUGAACGGUGCAGGUAAAACCACCACCUUCAAGAUGCUGACAGGAGAGAUCGCUGUGACUGGCGGAGAGGCCUUCCUCAACGGACACAGUAUCCUAAAAGACAUCAUCAAAGUUCACCAGAGCAUAGGAUACUGCCCGCAGUUCGACGCUCUGCUUGACGAACUCACGGCUCGCGGCCACCUGACCAUGUACGCACGGCUACGGGGUAUCCCAUGGUCUGAAACUGAUCAGGUUGUGAACUGGGCCCUGAGAAAACUGGCCCUGAUGCCGUAUGCAGACAAACCAGCGGGAACGCUCAGCGGGGGAAACAAGCGCAAACUGUCCACCGCCAUCGCCCUCAUCGGCUUCCCUCCUCUCAUCUUCCUCGAUGAACCGACCACGGGGAUGGACCCGGCAGCCCGACGCUUCCUGUGGGACCUCAUCAAGUCCAUCAUCCAGACAGGACGGUCUGUGAUCCUCACAUCACACAGUAUGGAGGAGUGUGAGGCCCUGUGCACCCGGCUGGCCAUCAUGGUUAACGGCAGGUUCAAGUGUCUGGGCAGCAUCCAGCACCUCAAGAACAGGUUUGGAGAUGGCUAUAUGAUCACGGUCCGGGUGAAACCUGGAGCCGAGGUGAAGCAAGUCGUCAGGUUCUUCAACCGCACAUUCCCAGAGGCUGUCAUGAAGGAGCGUCACCACAACAUGGUUCAGUACGAGCUGAAGUCAGCUGACCUGUCGUUGUCCUUCAUCUUCUCCAAGAUGGAGGAGGUUCAGGAGACACUAAGGAUAGAGGACUACUCCGUCAGUCAGACAACACUCGACAAUGUGUUUGUGAACUUUGCCAAGAAGCAGAGCGACAUCUUCGACGACUCCGUCCCCACGGAGAGCACCACUCCGUCGCCACGGCGAUUCCGGCUGUUCCGCCGGCGCACGGAGACGGAGAUGCAGCCCAUCGUUCUGUCUGAGGAGACUCUGGACCAGGAGGAGGCUGUGUCCAUCCAGCUGGAACAGUCCAUGGCUCGUCUAGACUUCAUUGACUCUACCUGUUGACCCAACUGUAAAAACAUCACAAAGUCAUCAUCCCAACUGCACCACUGUGAAGACUGUACAAUGUAAUAAGCAACACGUGUGAGAAACUCAAGCCACUAGCCAUGCAGGUGCCACCUAAGAGAAGGACUUCUGACAAAACCGUGGCCAAAUCAUAAUUCCUGUAGUUGACCUGCAGGGAAAUUGUGUACCACAGCAAUAGUAGGGGUAGAUUAUGAAUAGAGACUGGACUUUUCAUGAACAACACAUGGAAGAAUUGGAACUUACUCACUCACUCACUCACUCACUCACUAUCCGGUUUAACAUCCUUUGUUCCCCGUUGGGUGAGGGUUAAAUGUCCCAUAAAUUGACCAUAUUUUUUGCUGAUUCUGGCAGCCUUAAUUGUUCAGAAACUGGAAACACCCAAUACAUGUACCUUUGGACAUGACGUUAGAGACACGUAACUGUUGCAACGGGUUAGCCGAGGUAACCUGUGUCGCCCCCCAUCUAUUGUCUCACACUGUCAGAUGGUCAUCAAAUGUACACUGCUUCCUUCACUCCUCUUGUAAAGAAAUCCAGUCCCGAAUUUUGGAUCAGUAUACAGGUCUAUUCCAUUGAGUUAGUUGAAAAUUUGGCUAAGGCCCGAUUCUUCUUAGUGUUGGUUGUGUAAAGUUCAGUCCUUAUUGAUGAUGUUAUUUACCAACACAGAUGAACUUGCAUGCCUAAGUAGAGGUAGAUGUUUGUACUAAAUGGUGUACAUGUGAGUUUGCAGAUAUGGGAAAUUGUGAGAGUGAAUCUUAUUGUCAAUAUUGUAUUGCUUAAUUUGUAGGCUUUAAGUUUAAGGUGGUUGUGAUGUGACAGUGGGAAAAACAUUUUAAUGUACUUUUGUCUUCUUUAUAUAAUAUAGAACAGAUUAUAGACAUAAAGGAGUUGUAUUCAAAUGUACAGAAGACUUACAUUUGUAGUGUAUUGUGUCAUACUUUCUUCAGGAAAGAGAGAAUUCAGAUUCCCUUUUUUUGAAAUCCUUUUUUAUUGAAAUCAUUCCUCAAGAUUCAACACAUGAUACAGUCUAAAACGACUGUACUGGCCAAAUAUACCAGACGUCAGGUGUUUUUUGUAUAAUAGACUACUUUUGACUCACAAAUUGUACAAAUUUCAAAGACAAUCAACAGCGCAGAAGAUACUUCUGCUCUUGUGCUCUAAUGCCAUAUUAGAAUUUGUGUUGUAAAAAAAAAGAUCAGUCGUUCUUUAAAUCUAGAAGAAACAAAAUGUAAAGUGAGAAAAAAAAACUGUUUGAAUGUUUACAAAGAAAUUUGUAUGUUGAGGGUAAUA